CAAGGAAUGGCUUUAGGAGUCUUGACACAACAGUUGGGACCACACAAAAGAGCCGUGGCUUAUUUCUCCAAACAGUUGGAUGAAGUAAGCAAAGGAUGGCCCAGCUGUCUGAAAGCGGUGGCCGCAGUGAUCAUAAACAUAGAAGAGGCCAGAAAACUUACGAUGGGCCAGAAAAUGACUGUGUUAGUGUCCCACACUGUGUCUGCUGUACUAGAACAAAAAGGUGGUCAUUGGCUGUUGCCUUCCAGAUUCCUAAAGUACCAAGCAAUCCUAGCUGAGUCAGAUGAUAUAACCAUUCAAGUCACUAACAUUGUGAAUCCAGCCUCAUUUCUAGAAGGAAGAAUGUCGGCAGAAUCAAUCGAACACGACUGUCUAGAGACCAUCGAAGCUGUCUACUCCAGCCACCCAGACCUCAAAGAAGAUACAGACAACUUGUUCUCUGACGGCAGUAGCUUCGUGAAGCAAGGAGUAAGGAUGGCAGGCUAUGCAGUAACCACAACGGAAGAGGUAAUCGAAUCAAAUCCUUUACCUGCAGGAACCUCAGCCCAAAAGGCAGAACUGAUAGCUCUUACCCGAGCUCUGGAAUUGGCAGAAGGCAUACGGAUUAAUAUUUGGACAGAUUCAAAAUAUGCCUUCUCCGUCGUGCAUGCUCAUGGAGCAAUUUGGAAAGAAAGAGGACUGCUAACUGCUCAAGGGAAAACAGUCAAACAUGCAGAGGAAAUUCUACAAUUGUUAGAAGUAGUCCAACUCCCAACACAAGUGGCCAUAAUGCAUUGCAAGGGACACCUGAAAGGUAACACUGUUCCAGAAAUAGGAAAUAGGAAAGCUGAUGCAGAAGCUAAAUUAGCUGCUGCAAGGACCGAAGAAGUGACUGUAACAGCUUUAGUACCAAGAGAGCUAGAUCCUAACUUUCAACCAGAUUAUCAGGAAUCAGACCGUAGGUGGAUUCAAAAGAACAAAAGCAAAUUGUUAGAUAAUGGAAGGGGUCAAUUGGAAACAGGACAGCUAAUAAUACCAGAAAAAUUAAUGUGGCAAUUCGUAAAAACGGAACACGAGAAGGUGCAUUGGAGUUUAGAUCCACUUUAUCAGUAUUUACAAACUAGAAUAGCAGGACCAAAAUUAUUCACUACCAUAAAACAGGUUACAUCCCAGUGCAAACAAUGCCUGAAGAAUAACCCAAACACAGGGACCAAGAUACACUAAGGAGCAAUAAAUCGAGGUAAAUUCCCAGGUGAAGUAUGGCAAAUUGAUUUCUCUGAACUCCCAAGAAAAGGGGGGUAUCGGUAUUAUUGGUGCUAACUGAUACAUUUUCUGGGUGGCCUGAAGCGUUCCCCUGCAGGACAAACAAAGAGAAGUAACUAAAGUCUUACUAAAUGAAAUUAUACCAUAGUUUGGGGUACCAAGAAGUAUUUCUUCAGACAGAGGUUCACAUUUUUGUGCGAAGGUUGUGAGAACAAUAAGCAAAGCAUUGCAGAUUAAAUGGCAAUUGCAUACGCCCUACAGGCCACAAGCCAGUGGGCAAGUAGAAAAGAUGAAUCAUCUUAUCAAACAACAAAUUGCUAAAAUAUGCCAAGAAACUAACUUCCAAUGGUAUCAAGCUUUGCCUAUUGCUCUGAUUAGAUUGAGAGUCAAACCUUGAUCAAAAGAAAAGUUGAGCUCGUUUAAAAUUCUGUAUGGUAGACCUUAUACUAUGCAAAUUGUGAAUAGCGAUGCUAUAGACCAAAUAAGUAAUCAAUAUAUAUAUGAUUAUGUAAUUGCUGUAGGGAAACAUUUUGAUAAAAACGCCAUGGUAGUAAUAGAACACCAGCCCAAACAACCUAACUGUAAACUGCAUCCGUUUAACCCCGGUGAUUGAGUGUAUGUUAAGAAUCUUUUAGGAAAACCCCUACAAGACAAGUGGGAGGAACCUUUCCAAGUGCUGCUGACCACCUUCACCACAGUGAGGAUCAAGGAGCGACCUACAUGGAUUCACUAUUCUCGAGUCAAGAGAGCUCCGGAAGAUAAGCAAGAAGACCCAACAUCAUGAAUCCGACUCCCUUCCAAACCCUUUCAACACUGACCAUUGGACUCUUGAUAAGUAUUGUUUUAUCCCAAAACCCUACUCCAGAAGAGCUGUAGUCUAGUGCAUGCACACUACCACGCUCUGAGGAAAACCCAGAUUUUGAGAUUUACGUUUUACAUAACAAUCAACCCUAUACAAUAGAUUAAUGGGAUAGCGGAACCCAUUUCAUAGCACAAAAGAGGGACCAAAUUCAAGUAGGGUGCCGAGAGGUCGAGGCUUUAAUGGGAAAAACAGAUAAACUAGUAUUGACAAUUGAAUUUUGGCAAGAAGCCUCUAGACAGAAUUUAAUCACUUAUAGCCAAGUAAGAGAUGAAGAGCCCAUUGUUUAGAUUCAGUGGAAAAGACCAGUCUCAUGUCAAUGAGAUAGUAUUGAAGGGGGUAGAGUAAAGUGUGAAAUUAUAUUCAAACUAGAUCAAUCGAUGUCGUUUUCAUGUAGCAGGGAAGCCAAGAUUCUUGAACCCAUUGGUGAACAAGGCAUUGUAACUGGUAGAACCUUUAAGUGAGUCAUUAGACUAGCAACAGACUCAAUUGUGAGCCCGUCUCGUGAAACCACUCCACCUUUAGAAUGUAAAAAGAUACAUAAUUUAACCUUUAUAGGGCCUCAAGUAAUAAGACAAUUGAACGAACUAAAGCUGUUGUUAGAUCCUACAUAUUCUCUGAACAAAGUACAGAUAAACAUUCAGACAGACAUUACACAUUUACAGAAAGAUUGUCAACCAUUUAUACAGCAAAGCCUCAAAGGCUGGAAUGCCUGGUUAGCAACUAGGUCAUACCGCAAACAAACACAAAGAGAUAUAAGUGGAUGGGUUGGCACGCGGUUUGGCAUAUUAAACACUAUAGACCAAGAAGUAUUAGUGAAUAAGUUAAGUACCGUCACUUCUAAUUUGGGAAAGCUUUAAGCUCAUCUAUGCUAACUUUAGCAGAGACACAAUCAUUGGUAGUCAGAUUGAUGACCUUAGUAGCCAACCACACUGCUGAAGAUUUUGUUAAAAUUGCUGACUAUACUAGAGAUAUUAGCAAAGAAAUUGCACUUGCUAUCCAGUGUGUUCAGACACAACAAUGGAUACAAUCAGUAGCAGCAGGAAUAUUAAGAGAGGGAAUGUCAGGCAUACUGCCUCAAGAAAUAAGAGAAACAAUACUAAGAGAUAGCUCCACUACACGAUUUGAAAAAGACCACCAGGCUCAGUGGCAACUAGUUAACUUUACUUAUGAUCCACAACAGGAACACAUUGAAACCUAUGUCCUUACUAUUAGUGCCGCAGAAGAAAGAGCUAUAUUUCCUGUUUUAACAUUAGGAGCUAUGCAUCAGAAUGUCAUUGUCAAACCUGUGGACCAUAACGUUUGGGCAAAUUAUGAUAGUACUAAGAACAAGUGGCAAUCAAUUAGUACAGAAGCAUGUAUUCCUAAAGGACAAUUAGGUUAUAUCUGCGAAAAUGCCAUUGUAGAAGCUGAGGACCUAUGCUUAGAUGCUGAAAACAGUGUAUGCACUUUUGAAAUGCUUCCGCACAAUGGAGCGCGAUCACAAGUAUUCUAUAUAGGGAACGGAUGCGCUUGCAUUAGAACCACUUGCAAUGAUGUUACCAUAGAUAAUUGUCAUGAAGUGACUAACGAUACUAACUUUUGCAUAUGCAACUUCACAAAAGUCAUAGGUUGUGACUUUAACUACACUGCUCCCAUAACUACACAACAGUUAAUCGAAACUGAGUAUACUUUAUAUCAUGAGAUACCCAAGCUAAAGAUAGGUAUAGAUACUAAACUUCUCAAAGAAAUGAUCAUACAUCCUGAAGUGGAGAAGCUAGUUCAAAAAGUGAACCAAACAACUCAACGCAUGUUGUGGCAGGUAGAGCAUAAUUCAAAAGUAUAAAAAUAUCCUGACAAAAGUCGCACAAGUAGGUCAACAUCACUGGCAGGAUAUCUUCACAGGAUACUCCCCAACAGCAACACAAGUCUUUCACUAUCUGAUACACCCAGUGCUAAUUAUAACCAUGGCUAUGCUCCUGUUAACCCUUAUGAAUAUAUGCCUGUAGUGUAAGUUAAAGUCCAUAGUCAAAAGAACCCAAAUAAUCUGGGCGAUGGUAAAAGCGUAUCAGCGCCCUUUAGAAUUAGAACUUGACGAAAGAAUUCGUAAGUUUUAGAAAAGGGGGGAAUGAAGCCAGGUAACACCUGAGAAGUGAAUUUAGUAAAGCAAUGUAAGGAUUAGAGAGAGUUAAGCACAAAUGCAGGCUUUCAGCAAAGCACAUAGAGCUCAGUAUUAGGAAACAGUGGAGGCAAUAAAUCCACUAGGAUACAGGUCACUUUGACAUGAGGGAACAUGGGCAUGAACGGAGAGAACUAGAAAUGCUAGCACACACAAAAAAGGACAUAUGGAAGAAAACAAAGGGAGAUAAGAAAAGGGACAAGCCAAGAAAUCAGGAACUUCUGCCAGACACUGGAAAUCCCUGCCAAAUGCACGAGGAAACUACCCAAAUUAGGGAAGGUUCAAAAGUUUAAGAGGAGGAUGAUGGUGAGGACAGCAGGUUCAUGAUGAAGGAAGAACGGAACGACCACCAAAGUUCUCCCCAAAUUGAAGACCACGCCUCUAACUCCGCCUCAACUCCGCCUGUUAUGAAUAUUAAAAGUAGAUGUUGCAAUGUAAUGAAUAUUCAUAAUAUGUGAUGUAAUUGCUUAGCAAAAAGUGUAUAAAAGCUCAAAUUGUAAGUUCCUCGGGGAAGCGGUUUGUCCAGGGCGACCUGGCCGCUUCCCGGCCGUGAAAAUAAAUACCUCCUGCUUAUAGACUGAAAA